AUGGAGACCUCCUCGCCGCUGGCCGCCAUGCACCGGCCAGCGGCUCCUUUUGGCAAGCGGGACCUCUUCACCAACUUGCGAGUCCGUCUGUCGCCUGGCAAGCCACGGAGUGGCGGCCGUGGCCUCAAUGGCUCCGGCAAUGGCGGCGCGUUUAGCAUCCGCGACCAAUUGAACCAGGAGAGCUUCGGCCCCGUCCACGGCUCCUCCCCCGCCGGCUCCCUGGCGGCGGAUCUGUGCCAGAACUUUUCCAUUGGCGAAGACGCCAGCCCCCGUUUCCCGACGCCGCGCCGCGCCCUCUUCACUAGCAACUGCCAGUCCCUCAAGGCUGCUCCGCCAAUGCCCGCCUCUUCGUCUCCGCUCCCCGCCGAGGCUCUGAUGGACAUGACGCCCGUGCCGAAAAAGGUCGUGGCCGCCUUUGUGGCUGCCGAGACUGAACUCCAGAUGGCCUCCAUGUCGUCACCGGCCUCCCCUUGGCCAGCAAACGCCGCGGACGACCAGAUGAUGCUCGAGUCGCCCUGCCCGCCACAGCCGGCUGCAGCACCCGCACCCCCACCUGUAGCAGCUUCUGCACCGGGAGCGACCUCUGCACCAGGAGCGUUCGAGCCGCCGAGAACUCUGGCCAGUGCUCUUGAACGUAGGAAGCUGCCGCGGCGCGCCUCGCUCACCCGUGCCAAGGGUUACUCCUUUGCUGGACCGACCCGCAUGCACUCUGACAACCAGCUCCCUUUCUUCCGCUUUGGCGAGAACCGUGUGCCAUCUGCGUCGUCUACCACUUCCUCCUCCUCGUCCCUCUCUCUCUCCGAAUGCUUCCAGGAGUCCCCGCCGCAGCCCGCUGCAUCGCAGCCUCUUGCCGACCGCCGGCCCCAGACCUCGCAUAGCCCGUGUGCCGCGGCCCAAAUUCAUGCUCACGCCAACCCCUGCAGUGGGUCUGGCGUCGGUGGGCCCAUUCGCGCGCGGCCCUCGUUUGUCUCCAUGAGCAGCGCCGGCUCUGCUUCGAGCUCGCGAACCGGCUCGCCCAUUAACGGCCACAUCCGCCGCCAGUCGAGCUCUUUUGUUCGCCCGCGUCGGCAGUACCGCCGCUCACUGAGCAUGUUUGAGAACCCUAUAGACAUGAUGAAGCCCAAGUCUGACGAGGGCGCGGGCGUCGGUGCCGCUGCACCGUCCGGCCUGCAGCCUUCGCUGCUGACCUCUGUCAUGGACACCGACGAGGCGGCCACUGCACCCCAGGCACCGAUCCUGCCCCACUUCUUCCCCGAGGGCCAGAACGACUCCAUCCCCCGCAUCGACCGCGCCACUCUGCUGCGUGUCCUUGACGGCCAGUUUAACGACGCCUUUGACGAGAAGCUCAUCAUCGACUGCCGGUUCGAGUACGAGUACGAGGGUGGCCACAUCAACGAAGCCAUCAACUACAACGACAAGGACCUGCUCGCGACGCACCUGUUCCGCGCGAGCCCCAAAGACGGCACGCCGCCGCCGCUCGAGCGCGGCAGCCGGACGCUCAUCGUGCUGCACUGCGAGUACUCGGCCCACCGUGCACCUCUCAUGGCGCGCCACAUCCGCGCCGAGGACCGUGCGGUAAAUGCCGAGCACUACCCGCGCCUUUCGUACCCGGAGCUCUACAUCCUGGACGGCGGCUACAGUGGCUUCUUUGGAGAGCACCCCUGCCGCUGCUACCCGCAGGCCUAUGUCGAGAUGGACGCCGCCGAGCACGCAUUUGCCUGCGAGCGCGGCAUGGGCCGCCUGAAGCAGAACCGGAAAGGGCUGCACCGUGCUCAGACGUUUGCCUUUGGCCAGCAGAACGCGAGCCCGACUGCUGCUGCCAGCGGCCGUGGUAGCAGUGCGCUCGGUGCGCGCAACCAAAUGCCCUUGCCAGCCUCCCAGGUCCACGACAUCGCCUCGCCCACCUCGCCCGGUCGCACCACCGGCGCGAACGCGUCGAGCCUGCUGUCGCAGGACUCGUCGCCUGUGCCUGCCAUGGCCCUGGGCUUUGGCUCGCCGAUUUUGGGUAGCGACCGUGGCCACGCCCGGCGCAUGGCAUCGUACUGA